GGAUUGGCAGCUCAUCGUCGGCCAUUGCCAUGGGGUCGUUGCCGCACCAUUGCAAUUGCCAAUCACCUUUCCUCAUCCGUUUUCUAAUUUCACUUUUCACCAAAACCACUUUUCCUUUCUAUAUAAAUGACCCUACACUACACUACAGACAUAAUAGUACCUUACACAUGCUCUGCUCCAUUGAAUUACCUUGUGUUUACAUAUGAAGCCGGACACCGUCUUAUGGUUCGUUUUUCUGCUUGCCGCCGCCACCGCCGCUUCGUCGGCGAGAGUGCGGAAGCUCGACGUGAAGAAGCACUUGAGGCGUCUGAAUAAGCCUGCCGUCAAGUCUAUCAAGAGUCCUGAUGGCGAUAUCAUAGAUUGCAUUCACAUUUCACGCCAGCAUGCUUUCGAUCAUCCAUCAUUCAAAAAUCACACAAUUCAGAUGAGGCCAAGUUAUCAUCCAGAGGGACUGCAGUUCAGCGAGGAGUCCAAGUACACCGAUAGAGCAACUAGACCGAUUACUCAGCUAUGGCACAUGAAUGGAAGGUGUCCAGAGGGAACAAUCCCUAUCAGAAGAACAAAAGCUUCCGACGUAAUUCGAGCAACCUCUGUUUCUGCCUAUGGCAAGAAGAAAUACACAACCGUGCCGCCCACACCAAGCUUCUUCGCUGCUCCUCAGCCCGAUCUUAUCCACCAAUAUGGACAUCAGCACGCAAUAGCUUACGUUCAAGGGGACCGUUAUUACGGUGCCAAGGCAACAAUGAAUGUAUGGGAUCCGAAAGUCGAGCAGCUCAAUGAAUUCAGCCUGUCUCAGCUCUGGAUUCUCGGAGGCUUCUUCAAAUACGAUCUGAACAGCAUUGAGGCAGGCUGGCAGGUCAGCCCCGACUUGUAUGGCGAUAAUCACACGAGGCUCUUCACCUACUGGACUAGCGACGCGUACCAAGCGACGGGAUGCUACAACAUACUCUGCUCGGGAUUUGUUCAGAUCAGCAACGAGAUAGCGAUGGGCGCUAGCAUCUACCCGAUCUCGCGAUACGCCAAAUCACAAUACGACAUUAGCAUACUCAUAUGGAAGGAUCCGAGAGAAGGCAACUGGUGGAUGCAGUUCGGGAAAGAUUACGUCGUAGGAUACUGGCCGGCGUUUCUGUUCUCCUACUUAUCGGAGAGUGCGUCGAUGAUCGAAUGGGGCGGGGAGGUGGUGGACUCGGGGUGGUGGGACGGGCGGCACACGAGGACGGAGAUGGGGAGCGGACACUUUUCCGGGGAGGGGUUCGGGAGGGCGAGCUAUAUGAGAAACAUGCAAGUGGUGGAUGGGUUGAACAAUCUCCGGCCAGCGCGGGAAGUCGCGGCCUUCACCGGUAGGCCGGAGUGCUAUGAUGUCCGGCUAGGGAGGAGCUCCGAUUGGGGGAGCUAUUUCUACUAUGGAGGGCCUGGUAGAAACCAUAGGUGCCCUUGAUCAAGGUAUUCUUUGUCUUCUCCUUCCUUCUUUAUUCAUAUCUCUCUCUCUCUCUCUCUCUCUCUCUCUCUAUAUAUAUAUAUAUAUAUGCUUUCUCUCUUUCUGUCUCUCUCUAUAUAUAUAUGUGUGUGGAUUCAUGUAGAUAUUUGGUCCAUGAGAAUGAGUAAUUUGAAAGUUAGUUGGACCAUUGCACUUUAUUUAAUUUUUAAAUAUAUGCAUAUAUAGUGUAAGAAUUGUUUGUGGAGUGUUUGUAGUGGUGUAAUAAAGUGUGCAACUGUUGUGAUUUUAUUUUAUUUUUUUUUGACCGA